UAUUGUUUCAAAAACAGGACAAAUUUGAGUAAAAUGACUAACAGUGAUAGAGAAACCUGGUUUUCCUGAUAUCUCCAGCAGGCAUGAAGUGGCUGCUUUGCUCAGAUCGCUUGCAGCUAUAAAGUUGCUAGUGGGCUGCUAAUUAAACCCAAGUGCUUUGUGGGGAUGUUGCACUCAACAGGACAAAUGGCGCUAUGGAAACUGGGACACAAGGGAGAAAAGGCGCAAACUUUCCCUUUGAUAAGUCCAUCAAUUAGCAUCACAACCAGCGUUCACGUGUCCUACCAGCGUAAAAUCUCACAUUUGCAAAUAAUGACAAGCCAAACCACAAUGAGGAACACGGUGGGAAAGAAAGGGGGCACAUUUUAACCAGAUGCCGAGCAAUAAAUAACCAACUCAGUGCCCCCCAGCUGAGAGCGGACAUUUACAUUUUGAAGUGCGCAUCAGGGAGUCCCACGGGGCCGGAGCGUGUGUGCGCGUCCGCACGGGAAAGACUGAGGCUGCGAUUGUUCCUACAAUACGCGUCGCUUCAUUUGGGUUGCUUUUUGAAUGAAAUGUAAAUUUGCGAGCGUGUGCAGAGGCUGGAUAUAUAAAGGCCGGAGCCGUCCGGGCACAGACACCGCUACCUGCGUCCUGCACGGUCCACAGCGAGCAGAAAUGAAGCCAGUUGCAGUCAAGUUGCCUUUAACCCACAGGACGCCCUUCUCUGUGGAGGAUAUUUUGGACCCCACCAAGUUUACAAGAAGAAAAAUCUGCGCAGUGGAGGCAGAGGCAACAGGAGCUUCUACUCCCAGAGAAGAACCCAGAGAGCAGGCGCAUCCUCCGGCAGGUGAAAGCUGCAGCCAGGAGGAUGACGCUCAGUGUCCGGGGAAGCCUCAGAGGUCGAAGGCAAAGAGUCGACGGAUCCGCACCGCGUUCACCCUGGAGCAGCUGCAGAUCUUGGAGCACAGCUUCCACAGGUGCCACUACCUGUCGGUGCUGGAGCGGCACACCAUCGCCUCAGCGCUGCGCCUCUCCGAGACCCAGGUCAAGAUCUGGUUUCAGAACAGACGCACCAAGUGGAAGAAGGAGCGGCUGCCGGGGAAGGAGGCAGAGGAGGAACACGGCUUCACACAGUCCUUCUCCUCGCAUCCUGCCGUCUGCUCAUCUCUGACCUUCAGUCCUCUCUACUGCCAGCAGCGCACUCCGCUCCAGCUGUUUGCGCCUCUGCCGCUGGUGCCUUAUCAUCAUUAUUAAACGUGGUGCGCAAACCUGCACUGAGGGACUGAGCGCGCGACGGAGCAACACGAGCAGCUCGAGACUAUGGCACUAAUAUCACUAAUCAGCAGAGCUGUGAAAGUGCCCAACAGGACUGAGUAGGAAAACGAAAUGAUAAAUAUUUUUUAAUGUAAUUAUGCUAUAACUUAUUUUGAUAAACACUUUUUAUUGC